AUGAACGAAGGGAGGACGUAUCACCUGGCCGAGCGCUCGUCACGGCGAUCCGCCUUGAACAAGGAAGGGCUCAACGUCCUGAAGGCUCUGAACCGGAGCACCGAGGCGUACGACGUUUCCGCGACUGCAGGCGAGGUGCGAGAAGACCAAGGCACCGAGGUGGUCAUCCGAGUGAUGCUGUCCACCGCUGAGCUCCACUGGUCUUCGGGCUUCUCCACAGCUCUUCCUCUGCUCCUGCAGGCGUUGGCUCUGGCCCGGCAGCACCACCUGCAGGCGCUGGCCUCGGAGACGAUCCUCCACCUGGCCUUCACUCAGCUGAUGCUGGGCGUUCCUGAGCAGGCUCUGAGCGUUCUGCAUGAAGCCAUCGAGCCGUUCUGGCCCACGGCGCCGUCAUGGACAAAGGCCGAGCCCUGAUGCUCACAGCCCGCUGUCAGAUGGCCGUGGCCGGGUUCAAGUCCAACGGUCAAGGCCAAGCAGGUAACACCCUGAUCCUUCUCUUAUGUAGCUCAGCAUGUGUGAGGAUGGAGGCGUUCUCCAUCAGGUCACAGCUUCCUGUCUGAGUGUUGCUUCUCGCCGCCGCUCGUUGUCUC